AUGGUCCUUACUAAAUGCAAGCCUACGAUUAGUCCCAUCGGAGCCCCGAUUGUCAAUCCGGCUGCCGGUACACUUCUCCAAGAACCUAUCAAUCAAUCAUCAGAUGCUUUCAGUCUCUUAAUCCAGGCUUCGAAUCGAAUCCAGCCGUACCAGGAUAGUGACGCUCAUGCAAAGAUCAAGUCUGAACAGCAUAACACCCAGCAGAUUGACUCCGAAAGACAACUUAGCCCCUUCCUGGUAUGUGAUGAAAACCAAAACCCUCAUUUCAAACAAGUAAGACUUUUGAUUAAUUCUGCUCACAGCUUUCAGCAGGAACAGAUCUUACGCCUCGAAAAUUACAACCAGGAACCGUUUGAUCAGAUGUUUAACUACCUGUACACAGAUAGACUAGACAAUCUUCCAGCAAAUGAUGGAAACCGAUAUGCUCGACUCGAAGAAUUAAGGCUGCUAAUACGCCUUGCCAAUACAUUUCAGCUUCCUGAUCUGCAAUGUCAGACCGUUGAUCACGUGCGAAAGCAUAGGCUGGUUGGUAAAAUCGGGAUACAUACAUUCUUCGACUGGGCGUAUGACAUCUACACCAACGAGUUCGACCACACUGUCGGAGACGUAUCCAAAUUCUUUGAAGAAGUGGUUCCUAGCUUCCUACAGAGGAUCGACAACGACAAAAACUCUAUCGAGAACUUCUCCAAAUCCUUUCAAGACAUGGCCCCUGGAUUCCUACACAAAUGA